CCCGACUGCUGACUGAGCAGUUGAACUCGAUUUCUUUAGCCUGCAUUAUUUUAAAAUCAUCAUGUACCGAGAGCCUAUCGCUUUGACGGUAUUGAUCGCCAUCUGCUGGCUUUCUUUGGCCAACGGAAUGCCGACAUUGACCGGUAGCCUCAAUAACAGAGAUCGAUCUGCUGUUGAGACUGGCGAUCGAUUAAGACGUCAAACGGAUUACUCGGAAGACGAAACGAUCGUAGUUGACGCUCCCGAAAUCUAUCACGACGCCUACGCCCUUACGGAUGACUCGUCAGCUGAUGGCAAUUUAACUUUACGCUUCGGUUACGGACAUUAUCAACAAUACAAUCCGUUCCAAUAUGGCGGAUGGAAUGCUUACGGUGGUGCUGGGCAACAAUAUCCGAACAACAACAACAACUUCCCAGGUGGUUAUCCCGCAUAUCCUUACGGCCCUUACAACUACAAUAAUUAUCCGGGAAGUAACAGCACAACGAUGAAUCCAUUUUACAAUUAUAACUACAACAAUGGCUACUACAACGGAUAUUAUUACCCAAUGAAUACGACUACGACGACGACGACGACGACAUCUACUUCGACGACAACUAGGCCGACAUCGACUACUACGACGACGAGGCCACCCUAUGGGAAUUAUUACGUAUUUAAUUUCCGUGACGGUUCCGGCAACCAAACUGAUAUUGACAAUGAGCCUUAUGCCGGUGGCGAUCUAGGUCAAGACGACGGUUUCAAGUUUGGGAACCGUUAAAACACUCAUUUUGAAAACUAUUCCAUCGAGAUAAUUAUCUCAUGACGUAAUUUUCUUGUCCAAUCGACCAAGCAAUAUCGUUUUCCCUUUUUUCGUUUAAAUUAAAGCAUGUAAUUGCAAUCUAAAAAUCACUUAAAAAUACAAGUAAAAGCAAUGCGUUUG